UAUCUGUAGCGGUGUAGCCCUAACCCAACCCAGUUUCGUUCAUCUCUCUCUCUCAUAUCACUCCCGCCGUCGCCUCUCUCUUUAGGGUCUUUCAUCGGCAGUUGCUUCAUUCAUAUUCUGCUGCAAUGGCCGAGGAAGCAAUGGCUGAGGACGCAGGUAUGUUUAUGGUUCAUCAGACUGUUGGCAGCGUACUAUGUUGCAAAUGCGGUAUCCCCAUGGCACCAAACGCUGCCAAUAUGUGUGUCAAGUGUCUGCGCUCUGAAGUUGAUAUUACAGAAGGUCUGCAGAAGCAUGUCACCAUUGUUCAUUGCCCCGAGUGUGAGUGCUACUUGCAGCCUCCAAGAACUUGGAUCAAAGCCCAAUUGGAGUCGAAGGAGCUGCUGACCUUCUGCGUUAAGAGACUCAAGAACUUGAAUAAAGUUCGGUUGGUGCAUGCCGAAUUUAUUUGGACUGAGCCUCACUCCAAGAGGAUCAAGGUUAAGUUGAAAGUUCAGAAGGAGGUUCUUAAUGGAGCAAUACUUGAACAAUCAUAUAUUGUUGAGUAUGUUCAACAAGAACAUAUGUGCGAAUCCUGUUCAAGGGUUCAGGCAAACCCCGACCAGUGGGUUGCAUCCGUGCAACUCCGCCAGCAUGUUUCUCACAGGCGCACAUUUUUCUAUCUAGAACAGCUGAUCCUGAAGCAUGGUGCUGCUGCUAGUGCUAUAAAGAUAAAGCAGAUGGAACAAGGUAUCGACUUCUUUUUCUCAAACCGAAGUCAUGGUGUGAAAUUUGUGGAAUUUGUGGGCAAAGUUGCUCCAGUAAGGAGUCGCAGUGACAAACAGCUUGUUUCCCAUGAUUCUAAAAGUAACAAUUAUAAUUAUAAGCAUACAUUCUCGGUUGAAAUAAGCCCCAUUUGCCGUGAAGAUUUGAUUUGUCUGCCUCCCAAGGUCAGGUCUAGUUUGGGAAAUCUCGGUCCUCUUGUGAUUUGCACCAAAGUGACCAAUAGUAUUGCUUUGCUUGAUCCGUUCACCCUGAGGCAUUGUUUCUUGGAUACUGAUCAGUAUUGGAGGUAUUCCUUCAAGUCUCUGCAUACAAGCAGGGAGCUGGUGGAGUAUAUAGUGCUUGAUAUGGAGAUUAUUGCCCCUGAAGUUAAUGUUGGUGGCUCAAGAUAUGCUCUAGCUGAUGCACAAGUUGCUCGCGUGUCUGAUUUUGGGAAGAAUGACACUAUUUUCAACAUAAAAACACAUCUUGGCCAUAUUUUAAGCCCCGGUGAUUAUGCUCUUGGUUAUGACAUGUACGGGGCUAACAGCAAUGAUGAUGAACUAGAGAAGUACAGGAGUCUGGUCAUUCCAGAUGCAAUCUUAAUUAAGAAAAGCUACGAAGAAAAGCGGCAGAAGAAGCGUGGGAAGCCUCGUCCCUGGAAGCUUAAAUCCCUUGGUAUGGAGAUUGAUGAUAAAAAUAAAACAGAUCAAGAAAAGGUGGAGUCGGAGUAUGAACAGUUCUUGAAGGAUCUGGAGGAGAAUCCUGAGAUGAGGUUUAACAUGUCACUGUACAAGAAUGAAGAAUACCAACCGUCAGAGAUGGCAUCUAUGACUGAUGGGGAAGAUGCACCUUCUGUCCCACUUGAAGAGUUGCUUGAUGACCUCAAACUUCGUGACUCCGACAACGACGACAUUGAAGAUGGGGAAGACGAUAGUAGCAUGCGGGAGUAAAUGGUGGUUUAAACUGAAUAUUAAGUUCGUCACAGGGUACUUUCUUUAAUUUGGUUUUCCUUUAAAAUUGUUUUUCGUAUGUUUUUUUUACUGCUUACAACAGCAGCUGUUUGUUGUACGGAAGAGUUGAGUGAACCCUUAUUUGAAGCUAAAUAUGCUUGUUAGUUUUUA